UCAUUACAACAUUCCGUGUGCGUGUCACUGUGAAUAAGUUUUUUUCUUCCUCCUCCUUUUUCAUUUUCAUUUGUCCAGACCGUCACAGAGAGUGUGUGUUUAAGUUGGGGUAAAAAAGAGCCAGUUUCUCCUUCAGCACGCCGUUCACCAAGAAAGAUCUGCCUGAUUUCCUCAUCUCUGCGCUCUCUCUCGUGCGUCUCAUCGCGAAUCUGGCCCUCCUCGCCCACAAGAGUCACACCAAGACACCAGUCACAACAGCCAAUCAUGAUUCGGUAAAGCUGCCGAGACAUCCCGGAGAGAGUAUGUUCUUCAUAUUAGUGUACUAAGGAUCAAAAUUGACUGCACUUGAGAAUCUCUGUCAAUCUGGAACAUCUCGCGUGGCUGAGACCACUUCAGGGUUGUGUUUUUUGCACAAUUAAGUCAUGGCCACACCACCUGACAGUCCUCUCGAAGAAGUUGUGUACGAACUUGAGCCAACACGUGUUCCAAAGCCAAUUCCCGUUGCUCUCGAGGAUCUCUGUCGGCAGACUAAAUUCACUAGACAAGAAAUCCGAGUGAUGUACAGAGGAUUUAAGACGGAAUGUCCAGAAGGUGUUGUACAUGAAGACUGUUUCAAAGACAUUUACGCAAAAUUUUUUCCACAUGGCAAUUCCAGCCUUUAUGCCCAUUACGUGUUCAAAGCAUUCGAUGUUAACUGCAACGGAGCAAUUAGCUUUCGGGAUUUGUUAGUAACAUUAUCAACAUUACUGCGCGGUUCAGUUUAUGAGCGAUUGAGAUGGACUUUUAAACUUUAUGAUUUAAAUGGAGAUGGCUGUAUUAGUCGAAAUGAAUUGGGUGAAGUGGUACAAGCGGUGCAUGAGCUAAUGGGUAGGAGAGCACAUCAGCCAGAGGACGACAGGAAAGCCAGAGACCAGGUUGACAGAGUUUUUCGGAAGUUGGACCUGAAUCAGGACGGAGUGAUAACGAUUGAGGAAUUUCUAGAAGCCUGCUUAAAGGACGAUCUUGUUACGAAAUCACUGCAAAUGUUCGAUACAGGACUUUGACGACUGCCUGAGCAUCUCGUCAGCAAUAAACUCAAAGAUUCCGUCUCUUUAAUUGAUUUGUAAUUUUCUUUGUGAAUAUAAGGUUUAGUCUUCAUUUCAUACCUUUCAAUUAAGAAUGUUAUAAUUAUAAUCAAAACUGUGACUAUUGGACAAUUUUCUAAUUACCAAGAAGUGUAAAGGGUGAAAAGGUUGGUGGUGGGCAAAGGAUAUACUUUAGAUACGCUUAAUUGAAAGAGAGAGAGUGACAGCGAGAGAAAGAGUGGUUCCUCACAUGUUGAAUUUUAUUUUAAAUAAUUAUACCAAUUUGACUAAAUAACUACUUGAACUUUUCACACUAUCAUUCGUGUCCCUCCCGGAAUCUUGAAGUCUUAUAAAGAAAAGUGAGAAAAUUGUAACACUUACAAAACCCCAAAUGAUUAACAAAAAGAAAAAUAUUCGGACAUUAAAUGUUCAGCAAUAACUUUAUAUGUUACAAAAUGAGAUGACAUGUAUAAAAUGUAAGUCAUAACUUCAAAAUUUUGCAUAAAGUGUCACAAAUCCGAAGGAACGGGCAUUAAAAUUAUACCAUUAAUGUUUCAUCAACAACACAACCUACUCAAUAAUUUAGGCUUAAAAUUUAAAUGAAAAAAAAAAUUGUCGAUGGCUAAAAUUGUUCCAAUUUGGAACAUGUGUAUAAAUUACUAAUGUGGUCAUUUUUUUAUUGCAGAGAUAAACUAUUUAAUAAAUUUAACAACAAAAUAAAAGGGAUGUUCCAUGUGCUCUUGGAAUAUUAAUUGCCAUAUAUUUAAUCCUUAUAUAAAAUUUAUCCAAAAUGGUCUACGUGAUAAAUGGAAACAUAACAUUUGCGAAUGAGAGAAAAAAAAUUCUUGUUUAUUGAGUUUAAUUGAUUUGUUUGCAUUUGAGUAAUUGGAAAAUAUAUAAUCAAUGGAAAUUCAAUCAAAACUUCUGCUAUGGUGCAGUUUCUGUGGCAAAAGGUAUUGAUUUUAAUCAUGAGAAAGGAGAAUCUAAUCAAAGCCAAAGUGCAAUUUUAUAUCACAGGAAAUCUCCUUGCUUAUAUGCAUGAAUUGUAGAGAUGAAAAGACAAUUUGAAAUUUCAAAUUCAACUUCUUACGUAUUACUCUGACAUAUAUUUUCGAGUAUUGUUUUAGCUUCACCGACUUUUAUUCACACAUUUUAUGAUGAAGUCUUGAAAGGAAAAUUAUAAUUGAUGACAUAUUUUUUAAA